GUCUCUGUCUAGACAUUAGCUCAGGAACUUGUUUUUGGUAAUCGUGUAGAUUGAUUUAGGUCUAAAUCGCAAGAGAGCUUGCUAACGAGCUAGCCAACCAAUGGGAACACACUUAUCGGAGAAGGUGAUAAUGAAGGACAGAAUUAGAUUACAUAAUGUUGGCUAACUACUCAUUGCAAGCUACAUCUCAGCGCAAGAAAACAUUUAACUUAGUUAUCACAACUGCAAGUAUUAAGCUCUUUAUUGCAAUACACGUAGCUAGGUAACGUUAAUAUGCAAUAAUUGACCCCUUAAAUUGUGAGAGGGUGGCGAGUCCAGUCAGCCUGCUUGUAUUUUCACAAACAACCUAGCUACAUAGGGACUCCCCCACCCAUUAUUUGGCAACUAUACUGAACAAAAAUAUAAAAAGUGUUGGUCCCACGUUUCAUAAGCUGAAAUAACAUAUCCCAGAUAUUUUUAUUUCGCACAAAAAGCUUUUCUCUAAAAUGUUGUGCAUGGAUUUGUUUACGUCGCUGUUAUUGAGCCUUUCUCAACUACUUCUCAGUGCUAGAGGCGUCACUACAGACCCUGGUUCGAUUCCAGGCUGUAUCACAACCGGACGUGAUUGGGAGUUCCAUAGGGUGACGCACAUUUGGCCCAGCGUUGUAAAUAAGAAGCUAAUCAGGUGCAUUUUGUGCUGGGGACAAAAGGCCACUAAUGCAGUUUUGUCACAACACAAUGCUACAGAUGUCUAAAAUUGAGGGAGGUUGCAAUUGACAUGAUUGACAGCAGGAAUGUCCUCCAGAGCUGUUGCCAGAAUUAAAUAUUAAUUUCUCUACAAUGAGGCUCCUCCAACAUUGUUUUAGAGAAUUUGGCAGUACGUUCCACCGCAGACCACAUGUAUGGUGGUGUGUAGGCGAGCGGUUUGCUGAUGUCAACGUUGUGAACAGAGUGCCUGAUGAUGGCAGUGGGGUUAUGGUAUGGGCAGGCAUAAGUUACAGACAAUGAACACAAUUGUAUUUUAUCGAUGGCAAUUUGAAUGAUACAGUGACGAGAUCAUGAGGCCCAUUGUCGUGACAUUCAUCUGCCGCUUUCAGCAUGAUAAUGCACAGCCCCAUGUCACAAGGAUCUGUACAAUUCCUGGAAGCUGAAUAUGUCCCAGUUCUUCCACGGCCUGCAUACGCACCAGACAUGUCACCCGUUGAGCAUGUUUGGGAUGCUCUGGAUUGACGUGUACAACAGCGUGUUCCCAACAAUAUCCAGCAACUUUGCACAGCCAUUGAAAAGGAGUGGGACAACAUUCCACAAUCAACAGCCUGAUCAACUCUAUGCAAAGGAGAUGUCGCGCUUCUAGAGGGAAAUGGUGGUCACACCAGAUACUGACUGGUUUUCUGAUCCAUCCCCUACCUUUUUUUGAAGUGGUGGUUCCAAAAACAUCCAGUCCCCAGUGUAAUGGCCUGAGACGAGGCUUGCACUGUGCUGCACUUCGGCUUCAGGAGGACAAGGACAAGUCCAUCCCAGUCCCUCCAUCCUCCACCGCAUCCCCAACUACAACUUUCCACGAACAUUAUCAAGCUCACCCAUCUAAACAUGACACAGCCACAUCAGCGCAGGAAGCUGCUGCUGCUGAGGAGGCUCCCCAGCCCAACAUCAGUUAUGUAGACCAGAGUGGAGAACAAGGAGAAGACUAUGAAACAGAGGAGCAACUGCAAGUGCGCAUCCUUAACGCUGCGCUGGACUUUGUCCCACUACAUGGUUGGACUGUUGAAGCCAUUUCAGCAGGAGCUGAGACCCUGGGUCUCUCAGCAGCCUCCAGUGGAAUGUUCCAGAAUGGGGCAGGGGACCUGGUCAUGCACUUCAUAGCUCAGUCCAAUACCCAGCUAACAGAGCAACUGGCAGAGCAUCACAAUCAGGUCCAACUUGGUCAGGCAGAACCAAAGAGAACUGCAGAGUUUCUUAGGGAUGCAGUGGAAACCAGAUUGAGGAUGUUGACCCCAUACAUAAAUAAUUGGCCACAGGCUUUGAGUAUUCUGUUUCUGCCACACAACAUACCAAACAGUCUGAAGCACCUCUCCACCCUGGUGGAUGAUAUCUGGUACUAUGCUGGAGACCGCUCCACAGAUUUGAACUGGUAUACAAAACGAGCUGCACUGACCGGGAUCUAUAACACCACAGAGCUGGUGAUGGUACAGGACUCCUCAGAAGACUUCCAGGACACCUGGAACUUCCUUGACAACCGCAUCCAGGAUAUUGUCAACAUGGCCGACGCCACCAAACGGGCGGCAUCCACAGGAGAAGCAGUGGUGCAGGGGCUUAUGGGAGCUGCUGUUACGCUGAAAAAUCUAACCGGAAUUAACCAGAGACGGUGAAACAAGAUGGCUAUUUCUGUUCCACCAUCCCCUCUAAUCUCUGCCAGUCAGGAGUUUGUGUUUCAAUUGGUUUUCCCUCAUACCCACUCCUAUCCCUUUUUGUAUGAAGGACACAAAAAUGUGAUUGUAUUUGAAACAUUUUUGUUCGGCUCCAUUGAGAGUUCCUAAAUAAAUUACAGAUGAAUUACAACAGAACAA